AUGAGUGCAAGCUUGGCUCGUGGAAUGCUCAACAAGAUGGGUGGCUCAUGUUGUCCCCAUCACGCUCCGUCAACGAAUCCGUUUAAAUUGGCAAAACUCCAUGGAAAUAAUAAGUCCACUGACUAUGCAUUCGAAAUGGUGUGCUCAACUCUUCGUUUCGGAAAAGGUGUCACUUUGGAGAUUGGAUACGACGUCCGUAAUCUUGGAGCGAAGAAGACAUUGCUUGUCACUGAUAAGAAUGUGCAGAAUACAAUUGCAUUCAAAAACGCCGAGCAAGCACUCAAAAAUGUAAAUAUCGACUAUGAAGUUUUCGAUGAUGUCCUCAUCGAACCAUCCGAGAAAAGUAUGCAAAAAGCUAUUGCAUUCGCCAAAUCGAAGCCAUUUGACAGCUUCAUCGCGGUUGGUGGAGGAUCUGUAAUUGAUACAACAAAAGCUGCAGCUCUCUAUGCAUCUAAUCCAGAAGCUGAUUUCCUUGAUUUCGUCGGACCUCCAUUCGGAAAAUCUCUCCAGCCCAAGAAUCCGAUGCUUCCUCUGAUUGCUGUCCCAACUACAGCAGGAACUGGAUCUGAAACCACUGCAACUGCUAUUAUGGAUCUUCCGGAGCACAAAUGCAAGACUGGUAUUCGAUUGAGAUGCAUUAAACCAUAUUUGGCUAUUGUUGAUCCAUUGAAUGUGAUGAGUAUGCCACGUAAUGUAGCCAUCUAUUCUGGAUUCGAUGUUCUCUGCCAUGCGUUGGAAAGCUAUACAGCUCUUCCAUUUGAUCAGAGAUCUCCUCGUCCAGCUCGUCCAGAGGUCCGUCCAGUUUAUCAAGGAUCCAAUCCAAUUAGUGAUGUCUGGAGUAGAGAAGCAUUAAGAAUCAUCGGUAAAUACUUCCGUCGCUCUAUUUUCGACCCGACUGAUGAGGAAGCUCGUACUGAAAUGCUUAAAGCCAGUUCAUUUGCUGGAAUCGGAUUCGGAAACGCUGGUGUCCAUUUGUGUCACGGACUCUCUUAUCCAAUCAGCUCCCAAGCAAAGAAAUGUGUUGCCCAUGAUUAUCCACAAGAAAAACAUCUCAUUCCUCACGGUCUUUCGGUUAUGACAACUGCAGUUGCUGAUUUCGAAUUCACGACUGUUGCUUGUCCGGACAGACAUUUGGUGGCUGCUCAAACACUUGGAGCUGAUAUUCCAAACAAUGCGGAUAAUGAGUACAUCUCUCGAACUCUCUGUGAUCAAUUGAGAGGAUUUAUGAAAGAUUUCGGAGUUCCAAACGGGUUGAAGGAAAUGGGAUUUGAGUAUUCUGAUAUUGAUCAUCUGACCGAAGCUGCAAGCCACUCCGUUCCAAAUAUCGUUAUCUCUCCCAAAUCCACUGAUCGUGAAAUCAUCAGCAAGUUGUAUGAGAAGUCUCUUACUGUAUACUGA